GGGCGAGGCGGACGCGGUGGGACCGGGCCGGGGCCGGAGCAGGGGGACCUGUGUGUGGCGGCGGAGCCUCUCACAGCCACCUUCCCCGCCCGCCCGGGGAAAUGGAGCCGGUUGCCGGGCGGCGGUGGCAGAAGGUGCUGUACGAGCGGCAGCCUUUCCCGGAUAACUACGUGGACCAGCGGUUCCUGGAGGAGCUGCAGAAGAACGUGCACGCCCGCCAGUACCGGUACCAGGCCGUCGUCUUCCAGUCGGGAGUGGUGGCGCAGCAGCUGUGCAGCGUCUGCGUCUUCGUCGUCACCUGGUGGUACAUGGACGCUGGGGUGCUGAGCCCGCAGGGGCUUUUCGGGGCGGCCCUGGUCUCCUCCCUUCUCGGCUAUGUCCUCUUUGAUGCCGUGGACGGCGGGGCUGGGCGAUGGGAAAGCGGGAGGACACGGUGGGCUGACCUCAAGAGCACACUGGUGUUCACUGCUUUCACGUAUGGCUUCUCUCCGGUGCUGAAGACGCUUACUGAGUCCAUCAGCACUGACACCAUCUAUGCCAUGUCAGCUCUCAUGCUCCUUGGUCACCUCAUCUUCUUUGACUAUGGUGCCAAUGCUGCCAUUGUCUCCAGCACACUGUCCCUCAACAUGGCCAUCUUUGCCUCCGUGUGCCUGGCCUCCCGCCUGCCACGCUCCCUCCAUGCCUUUGUGAUGGUCACCUUUGCCAUGCAGAUCUUUGCCCUCUGGCCCAUGCUGCAGAAGAAGCUGAAAGCCCUGACGCCUCGAUGCUAUGUGGGGGUGACGGUGUUCUUUGCGCUGGCAGCACUGGCGGGGCUGGCCACCAUCUCCACUGUGGGCGCCGUGCUCUUCACCUCACUGCUGCUGGCCAUCUGCGGCCUCUGCCCUUACUGCCUCAUCCGCCUUCAGCUGCUCAAGGACAACAUCCAUGGGCCAUGGGACGAGGCUGAAAUCAAGGAGGACCUCUCCAGAUUCCUCAUGUAGGUCCCAGGGGGACCCUCUGCUGUGAGCAGUGCAAAGGUCCUUGCUGGGGGACAGCAGUGGGGGAGAAGGACACCUGUCCCAAUAAAGCCUCUCACCCAAUGAGGA